AUGACUGGCACCGUGCCCGUUGCCAACGCCUUGAGCGACAUCUAUCCUGCUGCAGCGCUCGCUGAGCAAGGUCCACGAUGGAAUAGCCUUCUCAGCAAGUUUGAGUCUACCUACGGACAUGCGGCUUCUUUUGUCGCUCGCUCCCCUGGACGAGUUAACAUUAUUGGAGAGCACAUUGACUACUCUCUCUAUUCGGUGCUGCCCAUGGCCAUUACUGCCGACACCCUUCUCGCCGUUUCCGCUACACCCGCCGCCCAAGACGCCAAGUCCUUUCGCAUCCGCAUCGCCAACGUUGAGGAUGACAAGUUUGAGGCCGCUGACUUUGAGGUCCCCUUUGAUGGGGACGUUUCGAUCGACGCGACCAAGCUAGAAUGGACCAACUACUUCAAGAGCGGCCUAAGGGGUGUGCUGGACCUGUUGAGGAACAAGUAUGGAAAGGAUUUCAAACCAUGCAGCAUGAAUUUGCUUAUGGAUGGCACUGUACCUGUUGGUGGAGGACUUAGCUCGAGUGCUGCUGUGGUCAGCACGAGUUCACUAGCUAUCAUGUUGGCCAAUGGUGAGAAAACGGUGGACAAGACUGAGCUGACUGAGCUUGCCAUCGUGAACGAGCGUGCGGUAGGAGUUAACUCGGGAGGCAUGGAUCAAGCUGCCUCUGUCUUCUCCGAGAAGGGUGCCGCUACCUUCGUGUCAUUCAGUCCAAGCCUCAAGGCUAAGCCAGUUCACUUCCCUCCCACGAAUCCCGAAAUCACAUUCGUUAUCGUGCAGUCCUUUGUCACAUCAAACAAGCAGGUCACAGGCCCCAUCCACUACAACCUUCGCGUAGUAGAGUGUAGCAUCGCUGCAUCCUACCUCAACGCGGUUCUGAAUCCACCCGGCACACAACUCCCCGAGGAUGCGGGCCCCCUGGGCGUCAGUCUCGGAGGUUUCCAUGAAACUUUCUUUUACCACCAGAGCGGCUCAGAUUACUCCGCUGCCAAGACCCUGACCAAGGAGGAGGAGCUAGAGAAGUUGAUCGAGAUCACUGAGAAGACCCUGACACAGGAGGAGGGAUACACACGGGAGGAGGUAGCCAAGGUUCUAAACAUCACGGUCGAGGAUCUUGAGAAGCGUUUCAUGUCCAAGCUCCCAGUACGUGCCGAGCGCUUCAAGCUUCAGCAGCGAGCUCUGCAUGUGUUCAAGGAGGCACACCGAGUUCUCCGUUUCAUGAAGCUGCUCGAGAACCCUGUCCACACAGGCGCUACCGACACAACCAAGUUUAACAAAGAACUCGGUUCGCUGCUGAACGAAACCCAAGUAUCAUGUCGAGAUCUGUACGAGUGCAGCUGUCCUGAGCUUGACGAGAUCUGUGCUAUUUCCCUUCGGGAAGGAUCUUACGGAGCCCGUGUGACCGGUGCUGGUUGGGGAGGUUGCAGUGUGCACAUGGUGCCGGCGGAUAAGGUCGAGGCUGUGACACAGGCCCUGGAGCGGGAGUAUUUCUCCAAGAAGAACUUGACGGAGGACCAGAAGAAGGGAGCCGUUAUGGUGAGCCGGCCGGCCACCGGAAGUGCCAUCUACUAUGUCAAGGAGGGCGUGAAGCCUUAA